AUGGAUUUGUACACAACUAUAGUCUUGGGGGCUCUUGCACUUGUUCUGUUUUGGAUAUUUAGUGUGAAAAGCAACAGCAGCUUACCUCCAGGACCUUUUCCAUUUCCCUUAGCUGGAAAUCUGCCGUUUGUGGACAAAAACGCACCAUAUAAAUCUAUUGUGGAGUUCAGUAAAACCUAUGGCCCUGUGAUUACCAUAUACUUGGGCUGGCAGCGUGCUGUGGCUCUGGUGGGAUAUGAAGCAGUGAAGGAGGCUCUUGUGGACCAGGCAGAAGACUUCUCUGGCAGAGCCCCUAUUCAUUUUUUCAACAAAGCCACCCGGGGAUAUGGUUUAGGAAUCAGUAAUGGUGAGCGUUGGAGACAGCUCAGACGCUUCACUCUGACCACUCUGAGAGACUUUGGGAUGGGCCGAAAGACGAUGGAGACCUGGAUCCAAGAGGAGAGCAGGCAUCUGAUAGAACGCAUCAACACAUUCAAAGGCACGUCCUUAGACCCCACAUUUAUAUUAAGCCAAACUGUGUCCAAUGUGAUCUGCUGCCUGGUAUUUGGGCAACGCUUCCUGUAUGAAGACAAACAUUUUCUUCAUCUAUUGCAGACUUUAAAUGAGUUCAUCAAAUUCAAUAGCUCCCCAUAUGGACAGCUCUACAACAUCUUCCCCUGGAUCAUGGAGCGUCUACCAGGGCCACAUCACACAUUGUUUGCCAAAGUAAAUGAGGUGAGAGCAUUCAAUAAGAAAAAGAUUGAGGAGCAUAUGGCCACACUGGAUCCCAACUCACCCCGAGACUACAUCGACUGCUUUCUCCUCAAGAUGGACCAGGAGAAAGAAAACGCACACAGUGAGUUCCACUUUGAAAACCUGUGGUCUACAGUCCUCAACCUGUUCGCAGCAGGAACUGAGACAGCCAGCUCCACCAUCCGAUACGCCCUCAGCGUCUUCAUCAAAUACCCCCACAUUCAGAAGAAGAUGCAGGAGGAAAUUGACGCUGUGAUUGGACCAGAGCGUAGUCCCAACAUGGAAGACAGGAAGUCCCUCCCCUUCAGUGAUGCGGUCAUCCAUGAGGUUCAACGUACAAUUGACCUCGUACCUUUCAGUCUACCACACUACGCACUGAAAGACAUCACUUUCAGAGGAUACACAAUUCCCAAGGGCACAUUCAUAUUUCCCAUGCUACACUCUGUGCUGAAAGGGGAGAAAGAGUGGGCUACUCCGCUCAGCUUUAACCCUGAGCACUUUCUGGAUGAGAAUGGAUACUUUAAGAAGAAUCCAGCUUUUAUGCCAUUUGCUACAGGGAAAAGGGCCUGUCCGGGAGAGUCUCUGGCCCGUAUGGAGCUUUUCAUAUUUAUUGUGACUCUGCUUCAACACUUCAGCUUCUCGUGCAGCGGAGGCCCAGACAGUAUCAACCUGACUCCUGAGACCAGCGGCUUUGGAAACGUGCCCCGGAGAUACCAGAUCAUUGCCACACCGCGAUAG